CAGUGAACUUCGACUUAUAUCAACAAAAAAGAACUCAAGUAACAACAAAAUAAUAAGCAACUUGGUAAAUUCUGAUGACUUUGAUUUAAGAUAAUGCGUCAACGAAACAAACACAAACAGCUUAAACUAUUUUUUGCGUAGUUAUUGUUGCCUGUCAUUUUGGCAUUCGCCACAUAAAAUCGUUGUUGUCUGUUUUGUGGCUCGUUCGCGUGCUGUGUUAAUUAAUUAGUCGAUAUCUAACGUUUAAAAAACAAAAACAACUAGAAGAAGAAGAACAUAAAACAAAUAAUACGCUAAAUACAAAGGUUUGCAAGUGCCGCCCACAACAAAAAGCUUCAAGGAAGAGCGCAAACUACAGCAAGAGCGCUGUACGAAGGAAAGAGCAAGAGCAAGAAAGAGAGAGCGGAACGUAACGUAAAGUGCGUGCCGACGCCGCAGCAGCAGCGAAACUGGCAGACGCUGACAUCAACAACAACAAAUCAUGUCCACAGAUAAUCCCACACAAUUGCUGACAACACACGAUCUGAAUCAAUUCCGUGGUCAAUUGCAGACAGCAGCAGCAGCAGCAACAACAGCAGCCGUUGUGGCAGCCGCAGCAGCUGCCGCACACGGCUAUCGCAGCGUGGCAACCACAGCGACAGCACCAACAGUAGCAACAACUCCCAGCACAGUUAACGGACACGGCCACAUGAACGCGGGCUCGAAGUACGUCUUGCUGCAGACCAAUGGGCAGAGCUUUACAGCUUAUGAGAGCAGCGCUCAGAAUGGCAGCUCCAAUGGCAACAGCUCGACUGCUGGUGGCGGUGGUGGUGGCGGCGGCAACAUUGUGCUGGUUGCCACCGAACCGCUGGAGUUGAGUACAGCCGAUGCGCUGGUGGCAACAGCAGCAGUCACGGGAGCUGUUGCUGGUGCGGGUGAUGAUGGCGAGCUGCGUCCGUUGGCUUGGCUAAGCGACAGCAAUCUUAUCAAAGGCAUUGUGACAACAACAACAGCAGCCACAACGCCGCAACAGAAACGCGCAGCAAUUGUCUCGCUCAAGGCAGCAACGCCGGCAACCACAGCAACCAACACAACAGCAGCAGCAGCAGCAACCACAAGCGCUGGCAGCAGCAGCAACAGCAACAUUUGCUUAGUUAGCGACAUUAUUGAGGGUCUGCCCAGCAGCAAUGGCAGCGCCGCCAAUGAGGAGCGUCAGUCCCCCGCCGUUUAUAGCACAACAACGGUGCAUAAAGGACCCAGUGGCACCACCACGGUGGUUGAAUAUAAAUCAGCCACCAAGGUAACCACCACAGCGGGCACAGCAGCCACUGCGUAUUUUGCACGCGCCGGCAACACUUUUCUGCCCGCCACAACAGCAGCAACAAUCACAGCAACAACACCAGCAACAGCAGCAAUCGUCAAGCAGCAACAGCAGCAGCAGCAGCAACAAAUCUUUGUUAGCAGCAAUGGCCAGAGUGCAGCAACAACAUCAGUUGUCUAUAAAGCAACCACUGGCAAUACAACAAGCACCACACAUCAUCCGCAUAAGAAAUAUUUACGCGAGAAAAUGAAUGUGGAGCACAACAACAACAACAACAUUUGCAAUAGCCAUGUCGUUGCUUCAACAAUAACUGUGGUCAGCUCGCCCGCCUCCUCAAAUAAUUCAACGCUUAGCUCGACAUCCGGCGCUGGUUCGGUGUCCGUCUCUGGAUCCUCGACAGCAGCCGUCAAUGGCGGCAGCAGUCCAAAGCGCAAAACGAGCUUUAACAAUGCCUACGAUGCGCUCAACUAUGCAGUCAUCAGCAGCAGCAGCGGCAAUGCCAUAAGCAGCAACAACAUCACCAGCAGCAGCAGCAGCUACAACAACAACAACAAUGCCAGCGAACAACAGACGGCAGCAACAACAACAAUUGUUAGCACUAGCAGCUUAAAGCCAGACUAUGCUUUUGUUAGCACACCACAUGUUAUCUCUCAACAGCCCGCCGCACGAAUUGCCUCACCAACGGAGACGCCACCAGGUGCUGCUGCUGGAGCUGGAGCGCUGUUGCCGCCCGGCGGCGGCGGCGUUUAUUACACUGCGGUACAGUCACGCUCGAAUGCGCUGCAGCUGCCAGUGACGCCACCGCCGCAGCCAAUGACGUCGACAGCAAAUCAGAAUGGCAGCGGUUCGGCUUGCAGCAGCAGCAACAACUUGGGCAAUCUGCGCAGUCCGGCGAAUAGCUAUGCCAGCUAUGAGAACGAGGAGCUAAAGGACUUUGAUAUUGUUACGGCCGUGGUGGCCGCCACAGCCUCGAGCAGCGCCACUGGGACGCGCAUGCACAGCACGCCGGUGUAUCAAACUAUGGGCAAGGGCAUCAAUGCCGGCCUGGCUGGCUACAGCAGCAGCAAUCCGAAUACGCCGCAGAAACAAAAGCAUCCCAACAAUGUGCCAUACGAUCCGUUUGUGCAUACAAACAAUAAGCCGCCAUAUAGUUUUAGUUGCUUGAUCUUUAUGGCCAUUGAGGACUCGAAUGAGAAAGCGCUGCCGGUUAAAGAGAUUUAUGCGUGGAUUGUGCAGCAUUUUCCUUACUUCAAAACAGCGCCCAAUGGCUGGAAGAACAGCGUGCGUCAUAAUUUGUCGCUUAACAAAAGUUUUGUCAAGGUGGAAAAGGCGCCCAACAUGGGCAAAGGAUCGCUUUGGCGUGUGGAGCCGCAGCAGCGUCAGAAUUUGCUGCAGGCGCUCAGUCGUUCGCCUUAUUUUCCCAACUCUGCAGUGGAAAAGAUUAGUCCAGUGCUCAAAAGUCCCAGCGCCGGCAACAACAGCAGCAGCAGCAACAACAACAACAGCGGCAGCAGCCACGUCGUCGCCUCCUUUGAUAGCCUUGAUAACAACACUUCGGUUGUGCUAGCGCCAGCCACGCCCAUUAAGAGCAAUGCCAGCCUCGCUGUUACCAACGGCAUUGCCGCUCAGCUCACCAGCACGCCCAGCGUCAAUGUUAGCAACAGUCACGUUGGCAGUCACGAUCGCUUCGACCCCAAACUGUUUCCCAAUCUAUCGAAAACCUUUUCAAACAUCAGCGACGAGCAUCAUCAUCAGCAGCAGCAGCAGCAGCAGCUUAGCGCCGAUGAUAUCGAUAGCGAGGAUUAUGUUAGCAAUAAUAAUAACAACAAAUAUACUUAUGGCAAUCUUAAUGGCAAUACCAAUGGCGGCGGCGUCGUCGGCGCAUUUAACUUCGAGUGCUUGGCCCGCGACUGCGGCGCCGACAGCAUGGACGAUGUUCAUGCCGCAGCUGCAAUGCUCGUCUUAAAACACGGAUCAAAAGCUUUUAGCGAAAACUUUCAAAAUGGCGCACCAGUGAUAACAAGCUCGCCCAGCGAGGAUCAUACCUACUCCGCUGGGGGCAAUAGCAAUGCAGACAGCGGCGCCUCAACGCCGCUAACCAAUGGCAAUGGCAACGGCUUGGGUUUGGGCUUGCCACAAACGCAGCAGCUGAUUGUGCAGCAUCAUGGCGGCGGCGGCGCUGAUAGCAACUGCGCCAGCUCGGAUGCCGCUUAUGACAGCAGUGAGGAGAAUCACAACAUAACGCCCGAGGAGCUGGCGGAUCAGCAGCGGCAUUUGGAUGGCGUCGAUGCUUUAUUGUCGCUGUCGCGCAGCUCGAUUGUGGAAUGCGGCAGCAGCUCGACGACGACGACGACGCAUUAUCAUAGCAAUGGCAGCAGCGGCAGCAGCCACGGAUCGCCGCAUAAGCGCGCAGCGAGCCGCAGCUUGAUGCAGGAUGAGGAGCAGCAGCGGCAACUGCAACAUGGUGGCGUCUAUACCAAUGGCUAUGGCAGCAAGAUAGCGCUGCUAAGCAGCGCUGCCGCCAAUGUGGCAGCAGCAGCAGCAGCAAGUGGACGGCCAGCGCUAUAUGAGGAACUUUAUAGUGGCGGCGUCGGCACAUCCGGAUUAUAUGCAAAUGGUUUAAAUUGUCUCUCAGGUGCAGCAGCAGCUGUUGUUGCUGGCAGCGUGCAACAGCAGCAGCAGCAGCAGCAGCAGCAACAUUUGUUGGCUAACAACAACAAGAGCAACAACAUUAAGGUGAAAGCUUUGCGUAAUACACGCGCCAAAAUUAAGCGCAAAGCCGCUUGGAUGCGGUGAAUAUGGCGCAAGGAUGGAAGCAGCAGCCUCGUAAUAUUUCUAGGCUAAGCUGCUCAACUGUCCUAAUUAGCGCUCACUAGUUAAAAGAAAAGAACCCCCCACCACCAACACAACACACUACCCCCAAAACUCGCUCCCUCUCGCACACACACACACACAUCGGCAUAUAUUGUUGUCUCUUUCUAUGCGACGCAUUUAGUCAUAGUUAUGCUUUUUACUAUUUUGCUAUUAUGGCUACUUUGUUUACAAUUUUCAUAGUCAAUUCAUAAUUGUUAAUAAUUGCUGCUCUACUUCUUUUAAUUGUUGGCCAUUUAUAGUUUACAUUAUUAUUAUUAUUUUUAUAAAUUGAAACAGACAACAAUAUAUAAUAUAUAGCUAACUAAAC